AUGGCACAAACCCUACUACAACCUCGAGUCGGCUUCCUCAACUUGCCGGCCGAGGUGAAGAACUGCGUCUACGAGCUGGCGCUUCAUAGCGAUCCCGAUUUCAUCUUAGGCUCUAUCUCCCGCACACAAUUCGGCAAACUAUACGAUUCAAAUCGACUUUCUCCAAACAUUCUCGCCACCUGUCAUCAGGUCUGUAAUAAGGCAUCGCCAGUCCUCUACGGCUCAAACACCUUCGAGAUACCACCAAACAUGAUGCUCCAGUUCUGCAACCAGAUCGGCAACAACGCGAAGCACGUUCGAUACCUCAUUCUCUCCCGAUCCAUUCCAUCGCAGUACCCGCUAGGUAUUCUCAGCCUUCUGCGACUCCAAGGGCUGUGUUCGCUGAAGCUUUACCUCGGUCCAAUUCCCUUCGGUUCGAGCUUCCGGAGCCCAUGA